AGGGUGUGGCUGUUUCCGCCCAGCGCCCGCCGCCGUCGCCGCCGCGGAGCCGCCGCCGCCGCCCCAGGCCCCGGGACCGCUCUCGGUGCCAGUCUCUGCCCCGCCCGGUCGGAGCCGCCGCCCCCGGCCCGGCCCGGCCUCGCCAUGUCGGCCCAGGCGCAGAUGCGGGCCCUGCUGGACCAGCUCAUGGGCACGGCCCGGGACGGUUCAGUGUAUCUUUGCCUGCCUACAUCAAUCUGCAAGGGAGUUGCAGAAAAGCCUCAUGUUCAUCGAGCCGUGAGUCACAACCAAUUUUUAAAGCUGUUAUAACAAAAAAAAAAAGUGUUUGCUUUUUUUUCACAAGUAACUUUAAAAGUGUAGCUUAGAAAGAAAAGAAAAAUUAAAAAAAAAAAAAUUCAGUAGACACAACAUUAUUCCUGGAUGCUUGUGAAUCCUAAUACUUUACUAUUCCCAUACUUUAGUAUUACACAUACCUGUGUCAUAUGCACAGAUGAGCUUUAAAAUUGUCACAUACCAUUACCACUUUGCCUUUACUUUUAUGUAUCAUUCCCCUGACUUCCUUACUGCAGGUGUGGGCAAGAAAGCUUUUCCUUUAAAACUUUUCAACAAUGGGCAUAAAAUUCUGCAGCUGAGGUCUUGAAGAAUGCAGAUGGGUAUAGUAUGUGUUGGAGCUCGCAGUGUGUAUUGACUAACUUUGUUUCUUUUUUUUUUUUUUCUAUUUUUUUUUUUUUUUUGCUUUUCUGAUAUUGUGUCGUUUUAAGUGGCUCCUGAGUGUAAAAUGUUCCUCUGAGGGUGGGCUGAGGGUGGGUGUGUUCCAGGCCAAGAUCACCUUUGCACGGCCUGGGAAGAGCACACUGCAUAGUUGGGUUCCACACCAAAAGGACUGGUGGCUUGGUUACCACGUGAGCAAAGAGCAGCUGCCUGUAAAAACUGCCCAGCACAGCCCUGUUUGCUGAUCCGUGGGGUUUGGUAUCUCCUGCCCCUUCCUCACAGCAAAACAAAAAAAAAAGGGGGUGGAAAAAAAUUAGCAGUUUUUGGCUGGGAGCCAGCCUGUCUGUCUCCUUUUCUCUCUUCUGGCUGUGCUGCCUCUUUAUAUGGAUGACAGGCCUUGGACGUUGCUUGGCUCGCCAGCACUGUGUUUAACAUGGUGUCCUGGAUGAAUAAAUGCUAAAAUAGUGUUUGUUGCCAAUUAUAAGUGUUCCAGAAUAUCCUGUUGCACUCUAAGCUGGUUUGGUUUUUUUGGUUUGUUUUUUUUUUUUUUUUUGAGUAAAUUUGGGGAGCAGGAGCACCAAGUAUUUUAAUCUGCAUUUUGAGGUGAAAUGCUCGUGCCCACGCCUGUGUUCCCUUGGUGUUCUAAUGUCUCCUUAUUUAAACCACACAUGAAUUGCAGGAGAUGAAACCAGACAAAGGGUGAAGUUUACAGACGAUCGUGUUUGCAAGAGCCACCUCCUGGAUUGCUGUCCCCAUGAUAUCCUGGCUGGAACACGAAUGGACCUGGGCGAAUGUACAAAGAUCCAUGACUUGGCACUGCGAGCAGAUUAUGAGAUUGCAAGUAAAGAGAGAGACCUCUUUUUUGAGCUGGAUGCCAUGGAUCACCUGGAAUCCUUCAUUGCAGAGUGUGAUAGGAGAACAGAACUGGCCAAGAAACGCCUGGCUGAGACACAGGAAGAGAUCAGUGCUGAAGUUUCUGCAAAGGCAGAGAAAGUACACGAGCUGAAUGAAGACAUUGGAAAACUCCUAGCUAAAGCUGAACAGCUGGGAGCUGAAGGAAAUGUUGAUGAGUCUCAGAAGAUCCUGAUGGAAGUGGAGAAAGUCCGGGCAAAAAAGAAAGAGGCAGAGGAGGAAUACCGAAAUUCAAUGCCUGCAUCCAGUUUCCAGCAGCAGAAGCUGCGUGUGUGUGAAGUCUGUUCAGCAUAUCUGGGUCUCCAUGACAACGACCGGCGUCUUGCUGACCACUUUGGAGGCAAAUUACACUUGGGUUUCAUUCAGAUUCGUGAGAAACUGGAUCAGCUGAGGAAAACAGUGGCAGAAAAGCAAGAGAAGAGAAACCAGGAUCGUUUGAGACGGAGGGAGGAGAGAGAACGAGAGGAGAGGAUGGGCAGACGGUCUGGAUCAAGAAAUAGAGAUCGUCGAAGGUCACGGUCCCGGGAGAGGCGGCGAAGGCGCUCCCGCUCGGCGUCCCGGGAACGGCGGAAGUCCCGCUCUCGGUCCCGGGACCGGCACCGGCGCCACCGGAGCCGCUCCCGCAGCCACAGCCGAGGGCACCGCCGGGGCUCCAGAGACAGGAGCUCAAAACACAAAUCUUCCAGAGAUCGGUCUUCGAGAGAAAAGUCCCGAGACAGAGAGAGGAAAGACAAGAGCUCUUCUGAGAGGCGGCACGAGAGCACAAACGGCAAAUCUCGUUCCAAGAGGUCAGAAGAGAGAGAAGCUGGAGAGAUCUGAACUCAAAAACGAUCUGUGUUGCACUGUAAAUAGUCUGAUAAACAUUCUACACAAAAGCCUAAAUUUUCCCAUUUAUAUUUACUGAAUACAACUCAUCUUUUGUAGUUUGGGGUUUUUAUUGUUUGGCAGAUAGCUGUGAGUUUGUAGAGAACACAAGAGUUACGUACUGUUUAACAGGGUUUUGUUUUAGUAGGAAUAAAUAAACCUGGAUGGAUGGUUUUGAGCCCAGGCCAGUGUGGACACCCUGUGUUUGUCCUGACAGUGGUUGGGGCCGUGCUGUGCCUGGAGCCCUGAGCUGCCCUGACCUUUGUAACGCUUCAGCCCUUCCCAAAAGCCCUCCCUGACCCUCUGUGAGCACACCAGUAGUGCUGGUCCUCACUUUAUUCUGUUUUUACUUUUGUUUAUGUAUGUCAAAAGAAAAUCAUGAAUUUUUUUUUUAAUCCCUUUUAGUGCUUAGCCACCUCAUUUUCAUGUCUCCAGCACUUGAGUUGCCUCAGUUGUCCAGCUGAGGCGAGACAGGUAAAAUUUGGCCCUGAUUUAUUCUGAAAGCUGUGAGGGGGACCAGAUCAGCUGGAGCACGUUUCUAAAAUGGGCUCAGGUCUGAUUUUAGUCCCUUUACAGGUCAGACAGUGGGUGUGAGCAAAGCAGUGGGAGACCGAGGCUGGUUUCAUCUGGCUGUUUACUGUGCACUCUGCAGCCAGAGCUUCCCCUGGGGGACUUUCUGACCUGCAGCCAAAAGCGUUGGUGUGUUCCCAAGGCCAGGGAGGCAGAAGGGGGCAGAGGUGCCUCGGCUGGAGGUGUCCCAGCGCCCGCUGAUCUGUAACCGGGUCUGUGUCCCUGGAGGGCAGGAAGGAGCCCGGCUGUGCCAGCCCUUGGUCGCCAUCCAGGGUCGGCGUUUUGUGGGAGUUGUGUGAGUGAAGCCCUUGUGUCCCGCCGAGCCGGGCGCUGCUCAUUAGCCGGACGGGGCGGUUAAUUACGGCCGUUAAUUACCGUUCCCGGGGGGUCUGUCGAUGCUGUGCGGGUCCGCCCAGCAUUCCCCCAUCCCUCCUCCUCCAUCCGCGGCUCCCCGGUGUCAGUCCCCUGUGCAUGCGCCCCUCCCGCGCCCCUCCCUCACCCCUCCCUCUCUCUCUCCCGGGUCCGUUUUUACACCGAAUUCCGCGGUUUCACGUGUUGUUUUUUGUAACCUGCGCUCGCGGGGGGGGGGGGGGGGAAGGGAGGGGCGGGCGGCGGGCGGGCGCUCGGGGCUGCCCUGUGUACGCGCCUGUCGCUGUUCCCGCCGCGGUUCUGAGCGCAUUAAAGAUGUGUGUUUGUGGCU